AUGGGCUGCCUCCCCAGCAAAACGCGCGUCUCCAAGGAGCGAAAAGCGGAGUUCGAUGCCUUCGAUGCCGAAACGAGGGCCAUGGAAGCGGCCGCCGUCUCCAACUACCCGUAUCUCCAACCGGAACCCCCUCCCAAUCCCACCACUGAUCCUACGGAACCCAAACCCGUGCAAAUUGAGGCGAGGAGCAGCAGGGAGGAAUUCAUAGCGGAGUGGAAAGAGCGGGAGCGGGCGGCCAAGGAGCGCGAGAAGCAGCAGGCGGCGGUGAGGAAGGCGUAUGCUACCCGUACGUCGGCGACGACGACGGGAGCGAGUAGGUAUCCUAGGGGUUAUUAUUAUAGUACGAAGACGGCGAGUAGGUAUGGGGGUGGAGGUGGAGGAUGGGAUGGUGGUGGUGGGGAAGGAGGAGGGUGUGGAGACGGGGGAGGAGGGAGUGGCGGGGGAGGAGACGGUGGUGGUGGAGGAGAUGGCGGAGGAGGAGGAGGUGGUGGUGGUGGUGGUGGUGAUUGA